AACGAAACCUACUUUUGAUUCCACUAUACUUGUAUUUGCAAGCACAACAUUCUCUUUUCUUCUUCUUUUUAGCUUUAGAUUUGUUUCAUCGUACCCUUUGCCUACUCAUAUGUCAACGCUUGUGGUGUUUGAUCUAUGAAGGCGUUGGUUUUAAGCAUAGAUUUCUUAUUGUUAUUCACUUUUAUUGGUCGAAAUAGUGUGUUCGGAUAGGUUUUCUAGGUCUUGCACGGCUCACCACUUAAUGGAGGGAGAUGGAAUUUGGGGGAACAGAAAAUUGGUAGAAGGGAAAUGAAGAAAGUCCUUCCUUUUAAUGGGCGGACGCAUAGCUCCCUCGCUGACACUGCCGUCUCGUGCCCUUUUCACAAGCCCUUUUCGUCUCGCUGCCAUGGCUAAGAUCAAGAUCGGCAUCAACGGUUUCGGAAGAAUUGGGAGGUUGGUCGCUAGAGUCACGCUUCAGAGCGAUGAUGUGGAGCUCGUCGCCGUCAAUGAUCUGUUCAUCACAACCGACUACAUGACAUACAUGUUUAAAUAUGAUACCGUGCAUGGACAAUGGAAGCAUCAUGAGAUAAAAGUUCAUGAGAUAAAAGUGAAGGAUUCCAAGACCCUUCUUUUUGGAGAGAACGAAGUUAUUGUCUUUGGCAUCAGAAACCCUGAGGAGAUUCCUUGGGCCGAGACUGGAGCUGAGUUCGUUGUGGAGUCGACUGGUGUCUUCACAGACAAGGACAAGGCUGCUGCUCACUUAAAGGGUGGUGCCAAGAAAGUCAUCAUUUAUGCUCCAAGCAAGGAUGCACCUAUGUUUGUGGUGGGAGUGAAUGAGCAUACAUACACAUCUGACAUCAAUAUUGUCUCUAAUGCCAGCUGCACCACCAACUGCCUUGCCCCUCUUGCAAAGGUCAUUCAUGAUAGAUUUGGAAUUGCGGAAGGUUUGAUGACGACUGUGCAUUCCAUCACUGGAUAUGCCAGUUGCACUGUCACUGAAAUCAAAGUCCAAUAUUGUGGCCUAUGGUACAGUUGUACAUAUUUAAUUCUUCAUUGAGAAUAUUUGAGGACUCAUUUCAGCAACCAUAAAUUUCCAGCUUUUGGUCAGUUUCAAGAAAACAAUUUACUCCAACGAAGAAAUUGACGAAGUGCGAUCCGAAUGGGCGGAUUGCGUACUAGACUAUAUUCAUUACUAGGUAUAAAUUACUAGACUUCAAAAGAUGGUUGAACACUUUGUUUGUGACUCCAUGACUUAUUGAUUUUGAUUCCUUACUGCCAAUAAUUUAUUUGUUCACAGCUAGCUAUCUCCUUUGCUCAAUACUUCAUUCUUGCAUUUCUACCAUGAGCAGAAUUAGCUGACAUUUUCCUUAUUUAUUGCCUCUCUUUGUGGUCCCAAAUUAAUAAUGGUUGGGUUGUGUGAGUAUCUUAUUUAGUUGUUUCCGAAUUAUGCAAAGACUGACAAUGUGGAAGUUAUCUCUUUGUGAAUUGUUAGUUGAUGACCUUUUGUAUCUUAUGAGUUGCUCUACAAAUUUCUUGUUUGUACUCUCCUUAUGGUUUUCAUCUAUAUGCCAUGACUUAAUCUUGUUUUUCCUCCUAUCUCAAAGUCUCCAUGUAUACAUCUUUAACGUUUUACCUAGCAUUUUUCUACCGUCCAAGGAAUAUCUGAUAUCUGUUGGGAUGUCUUAAAUUUUGUACCUGUGUUUGUUUCAUUUACUAGUUUAAUUUCCUUGUCUAAUCCUAUAAUUUAUUAUUUUUUCUUUUUACAAUCGCAUUUAAAUUUUUACUAUGUUGAACUACAUACUUUGUUGAUGACUCCUUGAGCAUAAUUCUACUGUGGCAAAAGUACAUUCGAAAUUCAUUGUUGAUGACAAAUUUUUAUUUCCUACUUCCAUCUUGUUGGACCUUGCAAGUAUCAUCGCGAAUGACAAUUAUGAUGCUUCAUCAAGCACAACUAUGUUAAUCUAUAUGCAUGUUAGUGAUUGCUUGAGAAUAAUGAAAUGAAGAGCUUGUAAAGGCAUUUCGUGUAUGAUCCAUAGUAUAGUGAUAUACAAAACAUCUAUAUACUGCAGUUUGAUUUCUUAAUAGUUUGCUCUAUAUACUUUUGCUUGGAUGAGCAGUGCAAAUUAUCCGUGAAUUGCACGUGCAUUGCAGCUAAAUUUGUUAGAUUUUCUCUUUGUAUUGAUGAAAUGGGAAUGAAAAAUCUAUUUUUCUAGCUGGAAUGUAGUUAUGUUAUAGCUCUUAAUCUGCACUUAUUUGAUUGACACUUUGGUUCUUUUAGGUGUCCUAUGUAAUUAUUAAAGCUGUGCGUAUGUGAUUUCUAUUUUGAGGAAUUUUUGGUUGUUUUAGCUUUACAAACAAUUCACCCUAACAUAACUCAUCAUGAUGAUCCAAUUCUUUUGGUUCAAGUUUUAAUUGGAAGAUUUUGAACCCAUGUUUUUUACUUUCACUUAUGCUUCUGUGAUGGGUCUGUUUAUUGCAGAUCAAUUUGCAACUCUUGGCAACUUGUUACUUGCAAAAUGGAAAAGCAUAUUGUACCUACCAAAUACUCAAAGGUUGGGCAAUUCGUGAGACUUGAGUUUUUUUGAUGCAAGAAGUAAGCUUUGUUAGGAUAUAACUUGCCUUGCUAAUUUGUAAAUUAACAGCCAUAUGGAGAA